GUGAACAAAAAGGCGUACGCUCGACUCGAUAUGAUCGGGAAAGGCGGUUCCUCCCGCGUUUUCCGUGUGCUUAAUCAUGCAAACGAGCUAUACGCUAUCAAACGGGUAUCGCUCGACAAGACAGACUCGGAGACGAUGAGUGGCUACAUGAACGAAAUUGCUUUGCUCAAACGGCUCGAAGGGAAUAGUCGAAUCAUUCGCCUGAUCGACAGCGAGGUGAAGGCUGGACCAGGAGGGAGCAAAGGACAUUUGCUUCUUGUAAUGGAAUGCGGGGAAAUUGACCUAGCAAGGUUGCUCCAGGAGCAGAUGAAGGAACCUGUGAACAUGGUUUGGGUUUCCUAUUAUUGGCAACAGAUGCUGCAAGCCGUGCAUGUCAUUCACGAAGAAAAGAUUGUGCAUUCUGACUUAAAGCCGGCAAAUUUUGUCUUAGUGCGUGGUCAGCUUAAGCUGAUCGAUUUUGGGAUCGCAAAUGCCAUCGCCAACGACACGACGAACAUCCAGAGGGAUCAUCAGAUUGGUACUGUGAAUUACAUGAGCCCAGAAGCCAUCGAACUUCCAGAUGGUAUGCGACGGCUUAAAGUUGGUCGACCGUCCGACGUCUGGUCACUAGGUUGCAUUCUAUACCAGAUGAUCUAUGGACAUCCACCGUUUCAGCAUCUUUCGGUGUACCAAAAGAUGAAAGCCAUCCCGGACUCGGCACAUGUUAUUGAGUUCCCAGAGUUGGACGUGAUUGCGGGUAUCAAGAGCUGCUUGUGCCGGAAUCCGAAAGAGCGGGCAACAAUUCCAGAGUUGCUUGACCAAGAUUGGCUAGCUUUGAAAGAACGUGAGUUGCCUGCUCGUUGA